AUGCUUAGCAGUGCAGCCCUGAAGGAUGUGCGCACGAUUCAAGCUGAAGUCGACAAAGCCCUAUCAUUGGUGUUUCGAAGCGCUAUUCGAACCGUGGGGGCAUCUCGUACAGAUAGCGGAGUUCAUGCGCAAGGUCAAGUCUGCCACUUCGAGGCGCCACCCACCUGGGCCAACAGCAACAGCCGACUAGAUCCGGAAGCAGCCCUCCGCCGGCUUCGUUUGACGCUUCCGAAGGCCAUCUUGGCCCUUGAGCUGAGCCUGGCGCCUCAGAACUUCCAUUCAAGGCUAAGUGCCGUGCGGAAGCGAUACUCAUACCGGCUCUCGACAACGAGCCUAGUGAUGCCUUUCGAUGCAAGGCGCUGCUGGCUGUGUGGUGACCUGAAUUUGGAGGCUAUGCAAGAGGCCAUUGGUGCCAUGAGUGGCAGGCAGAUAGACUAUUCAGCUUUCAGUGCCGGAGAGAAUGAUCCAAAUUACCAUGGGUCCGUGGUGAAAGUCGUUGAGCUGUCCAUGCAAGUGACUGGGAGAGAGAGGAUUCUGAUCCUCGCGGUGUCAGAGCGCUUCCUGUAUAAGAUGGUUCGCCGAAUCGUUGGGGGACUUGUUGAAGUUGGCAAAGGCCGCGUAGCAGCCUCAAGCCUGGCAGCGGCAGACCGACGACAGAUACCCACUGCACCGCCCGAAGGCCUCACUUUGGAAGAGGUGGCGUACCCGUUCGCUCUCCAACGAGGGGUAGAAGUAGAUUCCACAGGCUAG